AUGUCCAGAUCCGGGGACAGGACCUCCACCUUCGACCCCAGCCACAGCGACAACCUGCUGCACGGCCUCAACCUGCUGUGGAGGAAGCAGCUGUUUUGCGACGUGACCCUGACGGCCCAGGGCCAGCAGUUCCACUGCCACAAGGCCGUGCUGGCCUCCUGCUCGCAGUACUUCCGAUCGCUCUUCUCCAGUCACCCCCCUCUCGGGGGAGGGGUCGGCGGCCAGGACGGCCCGGGGGCCCCCAAGGACCAACAGCAGCAGCCGCCGCAGCAGCAGCCGCCGCAGCAGCCGCCGCCGCCGCAGGAGGAGCCCGGGACUCCUUCCUCCUCCCCCGACGACAAGCUGCUGACCAGUCCCCGGGCCAUCAACAACCUGGUGCUGCAGGGCUGCUCGUCCAUCGGGCUGCGCCUGGUGCUCGAGUACCUCUACACGGCCAACGUGACCCUCUCCCUGGACACUGUGGAGGAGGUGCUGUCGGUCAGCAAGAUCUUGCACAUCCCCCAGGUCACCAAGCUCUGCGUGCAGUUCCUCAACGACCAGAUCUCGGUGCAGAACUACAAGCAGGUGUGCAAGAUCGCCGCGCUGCACGGCCUGGAGGAGACCAAGAAGCUGGCCAACAAGUACCUGGUGGAGGAUGUGCUGCUGCUCAACUUCGAGGAGAUGCGCGCCCUGCUGGACUCGCUGCCGCCCCCCGUGGAGUCGGAGCUGGCGCUCUUCCAGAUGUCCGUGCUGUGGCUGGAGCACGACCGCGAGACCCGCAUGCAGUACGCGCCCGACCUCAUGAAGCGCCUCCGCUUCGCGCUCAUCCCGGCCCCCGAGCUGGUGGAGCGGGUCCAGUCAGUGGAUUUCAUGCGCACCGACCCGGUCUGCCAAAAGCUGCUGCUGGACGCCAUGAACUACCACCUGAUGCCCUUCAGGCAGCACUGCAGGCAGAGCCUGGCCAGCAGAAUUCGCUCUAACAAGAAAAUGCUGUUAUUGGUUGGUGGAUUGCCUCCUGGGCCGGACCGGCUCCCCAGUAAUUUGGUUCAGUACUACGACGAUGAAAAGAAGACAUGGAAAAUCCUCACAAUUAUGCCAUACAACAGUGCCCAUCACUGCGUUGUGGAGGUGGAAAACUUCCUGUUUGUGUUGGGUGGAGAGGACCAAUGGAACCCUAAUGGAAAACACAGUACAAAUUUUGUCAGCAGAUAUGAUCCCCGAUUUAAUAGCUGGAUACAACUUCCGCCCAUGCAAGAACGAAGAGCCAGUUUCUAUGCAUGUCGGUUGGACAAACAUUUAUACGUUGUUGGUGGACGGAAUGAAACUGGCUACUUGUCCAGCGUGGAGUGCUAUAACCUAGAAACAAACGAGUGGCGUUAUGUGUCUUCUUUGCCACAGCCCCUGGCAGCUCACGCGGGAGCAGUGCACAAUGGGAAAAUAUACAUUUCAGGGGGUGUACACAAUGGAGAAUAUGUCCCAUGGCUAUAUUGUUAUGACCCCGUCAUGGAUGUCUGGGCUCGAAAACAAGAUAUGAACACAAAACGCGCCAUCCACACUUUGGCUGUAAUGAAUGAUCGCUUGUAUGCAAUUGGAGGAAAUCAUUUGAAAGGUUUCUCCCACCUCGAUGUAAUGCUCGUGGAAUGCUAUGAUCCAAAAGGUGACCAGUGGAAUAUUCUCCAAACUCCCAUUUUGGAGGGUCGCAGUGGUCCUGGCUGUGCAGUGCUUGAUGACAGCAUUUACCUUGUAGGAGGCUAUAGCUGGAGUAUGGGAGCCUACAAGUCAUCUACAAUAUGCUACUGUCCAGAAAAAGGCAGCUGGACAGAACUCGAAGGAGAUGUAGCAGAACCGCUGGCAGGCCCAGCCUGUGCAACAGUUAUCCUGCCCGCCUGUGUACCUUACAACAAAUAA